AUGAGCCUGCCCGGAUCUUUGCUUUUGGCCUGGCAAGUAAAGGACAAACAUUGUCUUGUGAUUGGUGGUGGAGAUGUGGGGCUCAGUAGAGUUGAGCAUAUGCUUCGAGCAAAUGCAAAAGUGACUGUUGUUACGGGGGGGAAAGUGCAUCCCAAAUUGAAGACGCUUAGUGAAGAAGGCAAGUUGUAUAAGCUUUUGGAACGUGACUAUACGCCACUGGACCUAACAAUGUAUGAGAAUGCUCAUUUGGACAAGAUGGAGUACCAAGAUAUUGGAGAAGAGCAGUACGGCAUGAUUGACGAUAUGGUGAAAAACAACCAGUUUGCAUGUGUCUGCUGCUGUAUCGACGAUCCUGCUCAAUCAACCAAAGUGUACUACCAAUGCAAAUGGCUACGGAUACCUGUGAACAUUGCCGACAAACCUCCCAUGUGUGAUUUUUACUUUGGCUCGAUGUUCAACCAAGACGCGCUUCAAAUCAUGAUCAGUACCAAUGGGAAAUCGCCCAGGUUGCUGAAAAUGAUAAAAGAUGAUAUCGCCAAACAAUUUGCGGGGCUAAACUUGAAUGAGGCCGUCGACAACUUGGGCCGCAUCAGAGCACGCUUGCGGGAGAAAUUGCCCGAAGAUGAUUUGGAUACCAUCGAUGCCAGAAUGCAGUGGAUCAAGACUUUGACUGAUUUUUUCUCGCUCAGACAAUGGUCGCAGCUCGAGUUGACUGAGCAGAACAUUGAUCGUAUCGUUGAAGCAUAUCCUCAACAUCCACCGAAAAACUAUGAGGCUUUUCAAGAGUUCUUGAGUUGA